AUGUUGCAUCGCUUACAGUAUACCACAGUAAAAUCUGGCUUUGGAAAUGCCGCGAAGAAGAGCUUAAAACUCGCCAUGGCGGGUUAUUGUAACCCAAGUGAUUUAUUGGGACGUGGGGCUGGUAAAGGCGGUGGUGCUGGCGGGUCAGUGAGAGAAUCCGGAGGUGGUUUGGGAGCAUACGGCGCUGCUCAGGAAGAAAUGUUCUUCCAUAACAAACAGAAGGAGCAGAUCGAAGAAUUGAAAAAGAAAUUGAAGAAUGAAGGGAAAGCUAUUGAACAGAAGAAGGAAGAUAAAUAG